AUGGUAUCUCUCACCGACGCGUCGGCUGAAUACUCAUCCCUGGACGGCUCUGCUCUGGAGAAGACACCACAACACCUACCCUACGAUGCGGUGUCCGUGGCCAAGGGCGGGUACAGUCACUUCAUGCUCAAGGAGAUAGUGGAGCAGCCCCAGGCUACCAUCGCCACCCUCCGCGGUCGAAUCUCCUUCGAUCCCUGGGACGUUUCCCUGGAUGAGCUGGAACUCACGGACGCGGACAUCGAUAGCAUAAACCGGGUGAUAUUCGUCGCAAUGGGGACCAGCUUCAACGCUGCCCUUGUAGCGCGGCAGAUGAUGGAGCAGCUGAGCGGUCUCCCUUCGGAAGCGGAGAUAGCCUCCGAGUUCAGGUACAGGAGUCCCAUUCUGGACUCCAAGACGCUGGUGGUCUCCAUCGGGCAGUCCGGGGAGACGGCCGAUACCCUGUCGGCAAUGGAGGAGGCGUCCAGGAAAGGCGCACGACUCAUAACCGUGUGCAACUCCGAAGGCAGCCAGGCCACCAGGCUGGCGGAGGGCUGCAUCUAUCUGAGGGCAGGCCCGGAGAUAGGCGUGGCAUCCACCAAGACCUUCACCUGUUCCCUGGAGGCUCUCUACCUACUGGCGACCUACAUAGGACGCCGGCGAGGGUUCCUCUCCGCUCGGAACUGGCGAAUGCCUUGA